GCUUCCGUCCCGGAGCGCGGUCUGGGCUAGAAUCGCCAGAGUGGGACGGAGCGAGCCGGCGGGAUCCCAAGCCGCGGAGCGCGCUGCCCCUCGCUCCGCCGCCGAUGACUCGAGAACUCGGGCCCCAGCGCCGCCCAUGCAGCACCCCUGAGCUCCGCCGAAAGAGAGUUGAUGAAAAAACACUUAAUCGUCUCCGCUGCGGAGAGCCAUGAGCUGUCUGGAUGUUAUGUACCAAGUUUAUGGUCCUCCGCAGCCUUACUUCGCAGCCGCCUACACCCCCUACCACCAGAAGCUAGCCUAUUACUCCAAAAUGCAGGAAGCUCAAGAGUGCAAUGCCAGCCCCAGCAGCAGUGGCAGCGGCAGCUCCUCAUUUUCCAGUCAAACCCCAGCCAGUAUCAAAGAGGAAGAAGGCAGCCCAGAGAAAGAGUGCCCACCAGAGGCAGAGUACAUCAACUCCCGCUGCGUGCUCUUCACCUAUUUCCAGGGGGACAUCAGCUCCGUGGUGGAUGAACAUUUCAGCAGGGCCCUGAGCCAACCUAGCAGCUACUCCCCCAGCUGUACCAGUAGCAAAGCACCCAGGAACUCUGGGCCCUGGCAAGACGGCUCCUUCCCGAUGAGCCAGCGCAGCUUCCCCGCCUCCUUCUGGAACAGCGCGUACCAGGCGCCGGUGCCCGCGCCGCUGGGCAGCCCUCUGGCCGCCGCGCACUCGGAGCUGCCCUUCGCAGCCGCCGACCCCUACUCGCCCGCCGCGCUGCACAGCCACCUGCACCAGGGCGCGACCGAGCCGUGGCACCACGCGCACCCGCACCACGCGCACCCGCACCACGCGCACCCGCAUCACCCCUACGCGCUGGGCAGCGCCCUCGGCGCCCAGGCCGCCGCCUACCCGCGCCCCGCCGCCGUGCACGAGGUCUACGCGCCCCACUUCGACCCGCGUUACGGGCCGCUGCUGAUGCCCGCAGCCUCGGGGCGUCCGGCCCGCCUCGCACCCGCCCCGGCGCCCGCGCCUGGCAGCCCGCCCUGCGAGCUCUCCGCCAAGAACGAGCCGGCCGGCGCCGCGUGGGCCGCGCCCGGGGGGCCCUUCGCCAGCCCCGCGGGGGACGUAGCCCAGGGCUUGGGCCUCAGCGUGGACUCAGCUCGCCGCUAUUCCCUCUGUGGUGCAUCCCUCCUGAGCUGAUCUGCCGACCCAGGGUUUCCCCUUCCCUUUCCCUUCUGACCAGCCUGGAGGCUCAGCACCUGUGCCUCUCACCUCGUGGAUGAGGACAUGGGGGGAAGGCAGAGACUUCAAACUUCUCGGUGUACGGGGAAAACCAAAAGCCACAACUACAGAAAUUUCCCGCUGCUGAAAGAGUGGAUCCAAAGACUCUGAAUUAUGUUGGCCAAAUCACUGGAAAUAUCUGUGGUGAGAUCACUUAGUCAGGUGACAGGAUAUCAUAAGCUUUCUUGGAAAGGGAGAAAGAAAAAGAGACAUUUUGGUGUGAAUAUUUUUUAUGCUGAUGUGAAUUCUUUCAUUAGGUAGUGUGGGCAUAGCACUACUGACAUCGAUAUCCUCAGCUUUAAAACUGUAUGUGUAUUUGCAUUGAAGACUGUGGUAGAGAAGUAAAGAGAAGCUGAUUACUUCUUCCUCACCAUUCAGCCUCCAGCUCCCUUCCUGCCCAUCCCCUCCUCACAACACCCACUCCAGACACAGAGACACACUUUUUCCUCUGGACCUUGAACAUGGAAGCCUCAGCCUGAAUGUGAGUGGCAAGUGGCUUAUCUGGAGCCACCUGCCCAAGUCUUACUGCAAUGCAGCUGUUGUAGGACAACUGUUUAAAACUCCAGAAAUACAUCACCCAAGGUGGCACUUCCCAGUGUUUGGCAGAACAAUUGCAAUUGCACUGGAUAUAUUUUAUAUAUAUAUAUGUAUAUAUAUCAUAUUUUUUACAAGGAACAUUUUACGAUGAAAGAAGAAACCCUUCUCUGCCUUCUCUCCCACAAAUUCUGUCCCUCCCUCUAUCCUCUGGAUGAAAAAAGCAACAAGAGACCCCGAUGAUCUCCAUGGAAAAGAACUGAGAACCAUCACGAGGGGAAGAAAUGUCCAUGGAGUCUCCAAUACCUCGAAUGUUUUUCUGUCUCUAUGGUUGUGAUUUGGUCACUUUAGUGUUGGGGCAGGGGAAGAGGUCUGUGCGUGGGCAAAGCUGAAGGUGACAAGGAAGAAGAAACAAACAUUAAAGAUGUCUAUUUACUAUG